AUGACGUAUGGUGAUUUUGGGAACUCGUAUCAGAUGUUCCCAUCAUAUUUGUAUAUGCUGAGAAUGAGUAAUCCCGGCACAUUAUACGACCUUGAGAUGAAGGAUGAUGGCAAGUUCCAUCAUAUGUUUGUUGCACUUGGACAGAGCGUGGCUGCCUUUGAGAAGGGUUACUUGAGGCCGGUCAUCAUCGUAGACGGGACCCAUCUGAAGGGAAGAAACGGCGGCAUUUUGUUCGUCGCUGUUACAAAGGAUGAGAACGAAGCAAUAUUUUCUCUCGCACCAGAUGAUCUCUUGAUUGUGUCUAAUCAGCACAAGAGCAUCAGAAAUGUUGUGGAGUGUGUCUACCCGAACGUCCCUCACGGGUUGUGCUAUUACCAUUUGCAGAAGAAUCUCGCGCAUUAUGGGUUGCAUGUAGCUGCAGUCUUCAAAGCAACGACAUAUUCCUAUCGAUCAGACGAUUUUCAAAGGAAUUUUUCCGCGCUUCAAAUACUGAAAGUCAACGCGCACACACGCCUCGACACUAUUGGUGUGGAGAGAUGGGCCAGGUCCAAGUGCCCUGUACGACGCACGAGCUUCACGACGUCGAAUGCUAUCGAGACGAUGAACAGUAGACUGUUGUGGGCACGACAACUCCUCCCGAUUGCUUCAUUGAUCGAAUCCUAUCGAGCCAUUAUGGAGAAAUGGUUCGAUAGACAACGCCUCUCGGCUGCAUCGAGGUCACAUGAGUUGACUGAGGUAGUAGAGGGAAAGUUACAUGUGCUGUCGAAGCGGGUCGGCAAUUGGAUGUUCGAGGGACGACGACGCACAUGUUUAGUGUUGAAGAUGAUCAUGCAUUCUACAUUGUCGAUCUCGAGAAUCGAACUUGUAGUUGUGCUCAGUUCAACUUGGAUGACAUUCCGUGUCGUCAUGCUUGUGCCGCUAUUAGGAUUGCAAGUCACGGAUUUUAUUGGAAGAUAUUUCAAACAAUCCGUGUUGUUGGCCACAUAUAUGGAGCGUAUUGUUCCCGUUCCACAUCCUACGUAUUGGAAUGUGCCCGAUGAGAUAUCAGCCUAUGUUGUGAAACCCCCGGAUAUCACGGUCCAUGCGGGACGACCGAAGUUGAGUAGAGCUCGUUCAAUAGUUGAGGGUCCUCCUAAGUCUCGACCUCAAGUAUGCUCACGUUGCAAGGGUGGAGGUCACAAUGCCCGGAGAUGCACAGUGCAAUUACUUGCAUUGGACUUGAACGUGCCGGUGGAGGGUGUCGAGCAACCCGAUGCACGAAGGCGUCGAAAGAAGAAAUGUGGUGUUUCUGUCCUCUGUACACGGUUAGACCCUAAUCGUGUAUUGAUUGGGACCAACCGUGUACGCAACCAUGUACCGAUGAACUCGCAGCCGUGA